GUUGAUUAGGCUGCAGUAGAAAGAUGCUAGUAUGCAAAGAUGUGAUUCGAUGUGUAGGCUGUGAUUAUGAAGUUUUUGAUAAUUGAUAUAAUCCACGAACGUAGUUUCAGUUAAUUAUAGUAUUAUUCUUUCCUCAAGCCCCCAUCUAAAUUUGAUUCGGUGUCAUUCAAGGUCCAAUUCCAAUUUGCAACUAUCCGUUUUAUUAAAACUUGGCUUAAAACGAAUGUGCCGGUGGUGUAGAUCAUUUCCUACAAAUUCAUUUCUUCUUGGUCGGCCGGUGACAUGCAGUUUGCUAUUCUUAAACCUUACAUGCCGGUGAUGUGUGUGGAUUCUUGUUGAUAAUAUUUUCCUUUUCUGCAUGCUGGUGUACAGUCGGCUUGACUUUAACCGGACAUGACUGCGGUGGUUGUAGGUUCUUCUAGAUAUUCUUCUUCUUUCUUGAAUUGUUUUGGUUUUGCUGCUUGUGUGUGGUCUUGAUUUUAUGCGGAUUUUAAUUGUUCUGAUGUUGUUUUCUGUUUGUUUUUGAUGGAUACUGAUUUGAUGUGUUGCAGGUGCUGUCCUCGGUGGAUGGGAGAUACGUGCGGUCGGCGGUCCGGGCUGCUCUUCCACUCGGCGGGCAACGUCCUUGGAUUCCUGGUGUCCGGCGCGCGGUGGUACGGGCUGUCCCUCUAUGCCAUGGAUGAUGUCCUCGGCUUGGCUGGUGAUGUCGUCCAGUCCCUCUCGGCGUUCGGCGGGGUGCGGCGCGACUUCAGUCUUGACACUCUCGGAGGGUGUCCAUAUCCAUGGCGGGAUCGGGUGUACAUCUAACGGUCAUCCGCUGGUUCUUCAUCCGAGCAACGGUACGAGAAAUGGGAGUUCCUGUCUCUGGGGCGUCGUCGUCCGUAUGCUCUCCCGAUGUUUCGUCCUCCGGCUCUUGGGCUGCUGACGGAUCUUCCACUAGGAUGCAGCUCUCCUCCACCUGUGUCGAAGAUAAAUCAUCCAGUACAUUGGGAUGGAAAUCGGCGGAUGCGGUGGCAGAUGCGGAUGGCGGCGAACAGUCGGGUGAGAUGUCCUCGGUGUCUGACAGACUUGGAUUGACCUGGUCGUUUCCUGCCAUGGUUUGUGAGAGAAUAACGCGACGAACGUGUGCAGUGAAUAAAAAACGUGAAAGUGUUGAUGUGAUAUACAAAAUAAUUAAUAAGAAAUCCAAUAGAAAUUGUUAUAGCUUCGUAGUGAGUGAAAUACAGAAAAAGUGGUUUAGCAACGUGUUCAGCGAUAAAAUGAGUCAAGUUAGCAAUAUCAUUAACAUAAAAAUGACACGAACACACAGGAUACACAGUGAACACUUAUGCGGUAAUACAGGUACGCCUCUUAUAAUUUAUUAUUACUAUUAUUAUAAAUAUUUUACUCUUAAAAUUUCUUGCCGCAAUUCUAUAUAUAGGGCUAGUAUUCUUUGCAAAAUUUUAUAUAAAAGCAGUGAUACUCUGCUAAAUUAUUCCGCAAUAUAUCCGUGAUUUAAUUUUACUUCCCUCUUUAUGUUUUUAAAAACUUUUAAAACUGUAAAUAACUUCAAUCCUCUUUUCUGUAAAUAUUUAUAAAUUGUUUCAAUAUAGACCUAAUAUUCUU